CGAAAUCGUUUAUAAGUCUGUUCUGUCCGUAUAUUAUACUAUGAAAUCGGAAAUAUUGUAUAAAUUACUGUUCAGUUGAAGCAAUGUAUUCAGUUACAGCCUUUAAAAUAUUUAAUACCAAUCUGCAUUUCUCCAUGAUAUAUGGGCCCUGUGACAUAUACGUGCAUUACAUAUAUUGCCCCAUUUGUCAUCCAACAUUGGCCGCACAUAAUGGGCAGACGGUCUGCAGCAUCAGUCAACAAUCAAGGCCUUGGACUUCGUCAACGCUUGCCUCAAUCAUUUGCUAUAGUUGACUACUGCUGUACUACUCAUAUGCAGUUUUACAUGAAAAUAUGACAGCUCAUACAUCAGCAAGUCACCAUUAGAAUACAGG